AUGAUUGUGUUUUUAAUUUGCGUGGGUAUAUUAACCCUAUUAAUAUACAAGUAUUACCAAAAAUCAUUUCAAUAUUGGGAAAAAAAAGGAGUACCAACGAUAAAACCUAGCAUUCCAUUCGGAAAUUUAGGUUCAAUUUUUGGUGGACCUGGAUUUAUACUUCACAUGAAAGGUAUUUAUGAAGAAUUUAAAUCGCAAGGGGUCCAUUACGCUGGGUUAUAUACGGGGGCAAAGCCAGCUUUAUUAGCAGUUCAUCCAGAAGCUGUUAAAACCGUUAUGAACAAAGACUUCCAAAGUUUCCAUAGCCACGGUGUUGAAUACGAUGCAAAAGAGGAACCUUUACAAGCACAUUUAUUUAAUUUGGAUGGAAAACAAUGGAAAGAUAUGCGAGUUAAACUCACCCCAACGUUUACUUCGGGUAAAAUGAAGAUGAUGUUUCAAACUUUAUUGGAUUGUGGCCAACAGCUUGAAGAUUUCGUAGAGAAAUGUAACGAAAAAAAUGUAGCUUUAGAUAUAAAAGAGGUUAUCGCGUGUUUUACCACCGAUGUAAUUGGUUCUUGCGCGUUUGGUUUGAAAUGUAAUAGCUUUAAAAAUGCGGAUGCUCAAUUUAGAAAGUAUGGGAGAAAAGUUUUUACGCCUAGCUUAAGAUUUGUUUUUAGAAGACUUUUAUCGGCAGCUUCACCGCGGUUAAUGAAAUUGUUUAAAUUAAAAUUUAUUCAAGAAGAUGUAUCUGAAUUUUUUAUUGGGGUUAUAAGAGAUAUGUUGAAUUAUAGAAAAACCGAGAAGAUAACCCGCAACGAUUUCUUACAAAUCUUAAUAAAUAUGCAAGAAACGUUAAAAAGCGAAGGCAAAAAACCGUUUACUCUGGAAGAACUCGCCGCUCAAGCUUUCGUUUUUUUCAUCGCCGGUUUUGAAACGUCUUCGACUACCGUUACUUUUGCUCUAUACGAAUUGGUGCAUAAUCAAGAGGUGCAAGAUAAAUUACGCGAGGAAAUUCGGCGAAUUAUCAAAAAACACGAUGGUAAAAUCACUUACGAUGGUAUCAUGGAAAUGAAAUAUUUAGAUCAAGUUAUUAACGAAACUUUAAGGAAAUAUCCACCAGUUCAUUUCUUACCGAGGAAAUGUACCCAAAAUUAUAAACUUCCAAACGGUGCUGAAGUUGAGAAAGGUACAAAAGUGUUUAUAAGCGUUAUGGGGUUACAUAGAGAUGAGGAAUAUUUUCCUAAUCCCGAUAAAUUCGAUCCGGAUCGAUUUUCCGAUGAAAAUAAACACAACAUAGUUCCGUAUUCAUAUAUUCCUUUCGGUGAGGGACCAAGGAUUUGUAUCGGUCUGCGAUUUGGAGUAAUGCAAGCUAAAGUGGGAAUUUGUUUAUUAUUGAGGAAUUAUAAAUUAUAUCCUCAUCCCUCAGUAAAAUAUCCAAUUGAAUUCGAUAAUAAAUCCGCCGUUUUAGCCGGUAAAGACACCCUUUUAUUAAUGACAGAAAGAGUUUAAUUAUUAUUUUAUGUAUUAUUAUAAUUUAUGAUUAAUAAAAAUAUACAACAA